ACAACCAUUAGGGAAGCCAUUGCUUCUGCACCCAACAAUAUGAAUCCCGAAGAAAGGUAUUUCAUAAUCUAUGCUAGACAAGGAUAUUACAAAAAGUACAUCAUCGUCUCCAAAGAGAAGAAGCACAUUAUGCUGAUUGGAGAUGGAAUCAAUAAGACCAUAAUCAUCGGAAACCAUAAUAGGAUCGAUGGCUGGACAACUUACAAUUCUUCAACCUUUGUUGUUGAUGGAAAGAGAUUCAAAGCCGUAGAUGUUACAUUUCAGAACACAGCUGGUCUAGAGAAACACCAAGCCGUGGCAAUGAAGAACAGUGCUGACUACUCCACAUUCUAUCGGUGCAGCUUUGAAAGGUAUCAGGAUACACUUUAUGUACAUUCCUUGAGACAGUUUUACAGGGAAUGUGAUAUCUAUGGAACAGUGGAUUUCAUGUUUGGGAAUGCAGCUACUAUAUUCCAAAGCUGCAACAUUUAUGUUCGAAAACCAUUGCCUGAACAAAAGAACACCAUCACAGCCCAAGGUAGGAGUAAUCCGAAUCAAAACACAAGCAUUUCGAUUCAGAAUUGUGCGAUUGAAGCUACAUCGGACCUGGCAAUCAAUUUGAGCUCCAACUUGAACUUUUUGGGUCGACCUUGGAAGCAGUAUUCCAGGAUAGUGUUCAUGCAGUCGUACAUUGAUGAAUUGAUUAGUCCUCCUGGAUGGUUGGAAUGGAAUGAAACAUUUGGACUUGACACUCUGUAUUAUGAGGAGUUUGGAAACUAUGGACAAGGUGCUAAUACAAGUAUGAUAGUGAAGUGGCCUAGUUAUAGUUCAUUGAAUGCUACGCAAGCUAUGGCUUUUACAGUCUACAAUUUCACCAUGGGAGAUACUUGGUUGCAUGAAACUGAUAUACCCUUUUCAGAAGGAUUAUACCAUUGA